GACUGUGACAGCGAUCGGUCCUCUAAUCCAGGCUUACCUGACUUUCCAUCCUGUGAAAAAGCAAUAAUUUCAGGCUUAGAAAUGGACGUUUAGAAAAAGACGUAGCAUUAUUGCGAACUGCUUGAGUUAACCCACCAGGCGACUCCCGGUGUGGACAGACAGCUCGCUUUCAUUUGGGUUUAAGCUUUAACAGAGACCUUAUUUGCUGCUUCUGUAUAACCGUAGCAUUUCUAUAGGUGCUCUGUAAGUGUAGGAAGCUCUAGAGAGAUUUAUUGGGUAAUUAAUUGUUCACACGCUUGAUUAAUUUGGCAACAAUGUAAGUAACCAUAUUAGGGCACCUUGGAUCCUGAGGCUUGUGAUCGAUCAAAGGGAGCAAUUGAAUUUGACCUGAGAUCUUUGGUGGAAAGAAACAUUGCUCGGUGGGAAGCGCUGGGAGAACGCUAGGCUGGAGAGAACGGAAAUCCACUAGGUGACUGCGGGCUGCAUCGCUUGGCUUGUUGCCUGGAAGUUUUGCAACUAACGAAAUGGCUUUUGCUUUGGUGUCUGAAGAUAUAAAGAAAGAAGUCAAGAGAACUCAGGAUUUGGAGAAAAGUGUUAUAUCAAGAAAAAAUGACCUAAAUUUGAAAGAAGUUGUAUUUGUUAUCCAGAGUCAAAGCAAUUCUUUCCAUGCCAAGAGAGCAGAGCAACUGAAAAAAAGAAUUUUAGAGGAGGCUGCAAAUCUUACACAGGAACUCCCCAGAGUGCUCCUCCUUCACCAGCUGGCUAAGCAGGAAGGUGCCUGGACCAUACUUCCACUGUUACCACAUUUUUCUGUAACAUAUAGCAGAAAUUCAUCAUGGAUUUUCUUCUGUGAAGAAGAGACAAGAAUUCAAAUUCCAAAACUCUUAGAAACACUCAGACGAUAUGACCCAUCUAAGGAAUGGUUUUUAGGCAAAGCGUUGCAUGAUGAAGAAUCUACAAUAAUUCACCAUUAUGCCUUUUCUGAAAAUCCUACGGCUUUUAAAUAUCCAGAUUUUGCUGCUGGCUGGGCCCUGAGUAUUCCGCUUGUUAACAAGCUCACCAAGAGAUUAAAGAGUGAAUCCUUGAAAUCCGACUUUACAAUAGAUUUAAAACAUGAGAUUGCCCUCUACAUCUGGGACAAAGGCGGAGGACCUCCCCUUACUCCCGUGCCUGAGUUCUGUACAGAUGUUUUGGACUCCUACUGCGCUACCACAUUCCAUUCGUUCCUGCCACUUUGUGGAAAACCAGUGAAGAAGGAAGAUAUUUUUGUUGCAGUAAAAACAUGCAAGAAAUUUCACGGUGACAGAAAAACUUCAAGAGUGUGGCUUCUAAUUUCUUCUAUGUUUGUGUCUCCUGGACUUGUUCUAGUACCCAUUGUAAAGCAGACUUGGGAGCGACAGGCGAGCCUUGUUGAAUACUACAGUGACCACGCAGACAGUGCCAUACCCACUGUGGACCUGGGAAUUCCCAACACUGACAGAGGUCAUUGUGGAAAAACAUUUGCCAUUUUGGAAAGAUUUUUGAAUCAUAACCAUGGCAAGAUAACAUGGUUAGUCAUUGUGGAUGAUGAUACAUUAAUAAGCAUCUCCAGGCUCCAGCACCUGCUUAGCUGCUACAACUCCAGUGAACCGGUGUUUCUGGGGGAGCGCUACGGCUACGGGCUGGGCACUGGCGGCUACAGCUACAUCACGGGAGGCGGAGGCAUGGUCUUCAGCAGAGAAGCCAUCAGGAGACUUCUCGCCAGCAAGUGUCAGUGCUACAGCAAUGAUGCACCUGACGACAUGGUCCUGGGCAUGUGCUUCAGCGGCCUGGGAAUCCCUGUGACACACAGUCCCCUCUUCCAUCAGGCCCGGCCCGUGGAUUACCCGAAGGACUACCUUUCCCAUCAAGUUCCCAUAUCAUUCCACAAGCACUGGAACAUUGACCCGGUGAAGGUAUAUUUCACGUGGCUGGCACCCAGGGCGGAAGACAGAGCUGCACAGCAUGCACAGGAAGGCCCUCGGGAAGAGCUGUAAGGGGGCCGCGGGCAGCUGGGAGACGGCGCUGCGUGGAGCCCCGGCCUUGGCUCUGCCUUUGGAUUCCACGGGGUGUCAGAUGCUUCCUGACCUCACGUGAAACUAAUAUAAAUGGCACUUUUUGAUGUGGAAAGAAAAGGAGUCAUAGAGUAAAAUAAUUUUUUUCUGGGAAAAGUCUCUUGCUUUUGACUUACACAGGUUUUGUGAUUCAGUGAUGACUGUGCAUUUCUCAAGCUGUGUGGUGCAGCAGUGUAUUACUGUCCCAGGAAAAUGAAUGGGACCAGAAGUCCCUUUCCUCUUCUCUCUCUCCAUUAUACUGAGUUUCAUUUGGACAUAAACUGGAGAUGUGACUAUUAUCCCUAGGUAAAGAAGAGUGAAUAUCUUUUGUCAUGGAUUUUGGCACGGUAUCAACUUUUAAGCCAUAUUAUUAAUGAUGAAAUUUGGUUCCUGGGAACCCAGGAGGAAGGAUGUUGUGCUGAGAAUCAUUCACAAAACAUCAUGAAAGUCUAUGAAAUCCCCUGUAGUCUACAUAGUCAUGGUUGUUGCACUUUAUCUGUUCUUUGGUUGUUUGUGCCUCCUAAAAGGAGAGCAGGUUUGCGGCUGGAGCUUCCUGUAUGUUUAGAAGUUCAUCUGGAUACUGUUUCUCUUGAAGCCCCACCUUCUGGCUACUGGCAAGGAAGGGUACUGGGUGCUGCCGGAAAGCUGUGUCCUUGGUCUUAAAAACAAUGUUACGCUUCGAUGGACUCCGCAAGCUCCAUGCGAGUCUCAGGAAGUGAGUUGUGUUUCAAUAUGGUGUAUGACUUUUGUCAUUCUUUGAAUGUUACAAAUCACUCUUUGGCUCAGACUGGACAUCCCAACCCUAGUGAUGAAAUCCUCAUAGAAGGACAGCAUGGUGAUCUUGCAGUUUCUCUGGCUUUUAAAAGAAGGACACUUAACACAGUAUUCUGAAAUAGCCCUAAUUUUCAAAUCGUAUCUUUAAUGUAUAGUAAUUUAACACAUUUUAGUAUUAAUGUAUAAAAAUUAUUCUGUAUUUUAAUGUUUUAAUUAUGUAAUUCAGUUUUGUAAACGCAUUUGCAUAAGAUUUGAUUUUCAUAUAUUGCAAACAAAUUUUAGUAUAGUAAAAUAUUUUCUUCUUUUCCUUUUCUAAAAACAAGAACCACUUGCUGUUCAUUAACUUUGUUUAUAAUGCUUUUUGUAGCAAAGCACAGGGUACUAAGCCAUACCGCCAAAAGUACAUUAUAUAUGUAUGUCAUUUGUCACCAAUACAUUUUCCGUGUAGCUUAGACCUGACUCAUGCAAAACGAUGCAACAGUGUUUUUCCAUAUUAUCAAGUACUGGGGUGAGUAUGUUUCAGUCCUGGUACAACGUGUGCUACUACAGUCUUAUGACGGCAUGCACUGGAUUCAGCCUGUGAAAAUGGAUUGUGAGAUUCAUCUUAGGAAUGGGCCAAGGGCUGUCAGCUGGAUGAGAAACGUCAGAAGGAUUUCUAAACCCCACAAAGCUGCUCUGAUGGUGUCAGCAUCGUUGCCAUCACAGCUGGGACUGUCAUUGUUGGUAGCAUUGUAGUCAUUUUCCUAUCCCCUGCUCCCAGAGGGCCCUGGCUGUGUAUACCAGUAGAGGAGUCUUCAGUUCUUCCUGCCCCUGCUACUGAUUGUUCCCGCUCACAGACAUUUGAUGUGAUUGAACCCCCAGCGUGUCAAGCUUUCUUCUGUGUAACGAUCAGUGCCUUCUAUUACUACUAGUGAGCCUCUUCUGGUAUCUGUUGGUGUUUUGUUAAUUGGGUUUACUUGUUGGAACUGUGUAAUUCUAACCAUGAAUAAAACAUCUUUUCCUAA